AUGGGUAAUAUUUCUUCAAAAAGAAAAAAGCAUAAUAGACCAAGUAUUAUGCGAACUGAAGUACCUGAUAAUGAACUCUCAAAUGCAACUGCAACUUCAGUUAAUUCUAUUCUUGUUAAUAAUUCAAUAUCAAAAUCAAAUGCUAUUAGUCAAUCUUCAAGCAUUCCAAAUGCAAUUCAACAAUUAGAAUCUCCACCUUUAAGUCCACAACAAGGAGAGAAUCAGCUUACAAUCAGUUCACAAAAUCAACUAACAGCUACUUCUAUACGAUCUAUUGGUUGGAAUUUAGAUAUUGAUGAAUGUAUUAAUCGUCUAUUAGACAUUGGUAUGAAAAAUAAAAUAUCAAAAUCAAUUUGUUUUCGAAAUUCGGAAAUUGUUGCUAUUUGUCGUGCUGCACAAGAAGUAUUUCUUUCUCAGCCUGGUGGAUUUCCUCCUGAUUCAAAUUAUUUAUUUCUUGGUGAUUAUGUAGAUAGAGGCAAACAAGGAUUAGAAACUAUACUUUUAAUGUUUUGUUACAAGAUAAAAUACCCAGAAAAUUUUUUUUUACUAAGAGGCAAUCAUGAAUGUGCAAAUGUAACACGAGUUUAUGGAUUUUAUGAUGAAUGUAAACGAAGGACGAAUACUAAAGUAUGGAAGACAUUUAUAGACGUCUUUAAUACAUUACCUAUUGCAGCACUUGUGGCAGGUAAAAUAUUUUGUGUCCAUGGUGGAUUGAGUCCAUCACUGCAUUCCAUGAAUGAUGUUAGAAACAUUAUGCGGCCUACUGAUGUGCCUGAAUAUGGUCUUUUGAAUGAUUUACUAUGGUCAGAUCCAUCAGAGUCAGCGUUUGAAUGGGAGGAUAAUGAAAGAGGAGUUUCAUAUUGCUUUGGAAAAAAAAUUGUAAAUGAAUUCUUGUCUAAACAUGAUUUAGAUUUAGUAUGUAGAGCACACAUGGUUGUUGAGGAUGGAUAUCAAUUCUUUAAUGAACGUACUCUAGUUACAGUCUUUAGUGCACCCAAUUAUUGUGGUGAAUUUGAUAAUUUUGGAGCUAUUAUGAGCAUCAAUGAGGAAUUAUUAUGUAGUUUUGAAUUAUUAACGCCUAUGGAGCAUCCAUCAGCUGCAAAAGUUCAAGAAGCACAGAAGAAUAGAGGACGAAGGCUAAGUCCGCCUAUAAUUGAUCCUUCAGCUGUACUUAAAUUAGAAGAAGAAGAGGAAGAAAAAGAAGAACAACAGCAACAUAUAUCUACAUAA